CAGAAGAUCGCGCCCUACACAGCCCAGAAGUCGUCUGCGGCCUCCUAAUUGGCAAGGUUUCUGACAGACCGUCGGGUGGCGCGGUGACGAAGAUUUCGCAGCCCGCGGCGCUCAGCCUGUGCGAGACCUGGGGCGGGCGAACGGUAAGUAGGGGCGCGCGCGCGGAUUGGCUGCUCGGUCCGGCGAGCAUGGUAGCCGGGCUUAGCCGGGCCAGAUCGCAAUCGACGGUACCCGUUGGGCCCAGCGCCAAGGCUCCGCUGCGCCUCAGUCAGCGCCCCGCUUGGGGACUUAUCCCCAUCCGGCCGCUGUGGUUUGCACGACGAAAUGACAGCGAGAGCCUGAGAACGCGGGGGCACCGCUUCGCGUGUCUGCUGGCCCGCUGGGAAGACGAGGUGUCUCGUAUGUGCGGCCCACGCGACACCUACCAUGCAUCCCGAUGGUUUCACGGACCCAGCGAAGUCGCCCGCCACAGCGAGAGCCAAAGCCGGUUUCGAUUUCGGUUGAGGCGGCGCGUCUUGAGCGCGUCCGAUCUGGCAGGCCCUCCCCACGCCUCGGUGCCGAGAGGCACGCCCCCCGGUGAUCGUCGUGAGACGCUAUCUCGAUCGCGGACAGGCCGACCCCCUGUCUCUUCGGGCGCCCGCUGCGGCGCGCCCUCGUCCCGGAUUGGCAAGUCCGCCAGCGGAUGGUCGAGCGAUGUUCGAGCGAUGGUCGGCUGCGGGCCAAGCCGCGGCUCGCCCCCUCUUCAGCCCGUCCCCCGCCCGCGGCAGCUAUUAGUCCCGCUCUCGGCUGCACGCCCGCUGGGCGGAACGCAUGUCCUUCGCGCAUAACGGAGCGCCGCGCCGCACGUCCGCUUCGAGGGCCAGCAAUUGUCUUUGGUCGCUAGAAGGAUGGUGAGCAUGCUGCAGCCUGCACACGCUUCUGGCUAGCUUGCACGCUUCUAUGCGAAAUUGAAUUCAUCGAGAUGCGCAUGUCGUAAGGUGAGGACGUACUCCGUG